AUGAAAGUCCUUAUUUUUUUAAUCUUUUUUCAAUAUAUUUUUAACUCAAAUACUCUUAUUAAAACGUCUAACGAUAUAUCUAAUGCAAAGAUAUAUACAAUUGACAAUCCAAAUAGUAUAAAUUCUGAAGUUACAGUCAAAAAUAUUAAAAUCGAAAAUAUUAAUGAAUCACUAAAAAAUAGUAAAAACAAAGGAUGCUGUAAUAACAUCAAUAAGGAUAAUGAAAAAAAAAAGGAAAAGACAGAGAAUAAUGAAAAUAAUAUAGAAAAUGAGAAAAGUAUAGAGGAAGCAAAAGGUUCAGAAAAUAACCAAAAAGAAGAGCAAGAACAGGAGCUUGAGGAAUAUCAGGAUUUAGAAAUAGAACAGGAAGAAGAAAAAUAUAAUGAAAGCCAAAACAAUGAUUUAGAAGAAGAAGAAAAAUAUAAUGAAAGCCAAAACAAUGAUUUAGAAGAAGAAGAAGAAAAUAAUGAAAACAAAAACAAUGAUUUAGAAAAAGAAGAAGAAGAAGAAAAUAGUGAAAACAAAAACAAUGACUUAGAACAAGAUCAAAAGCAAGAAAAUAGAGAAAAAGGCGGUGGAAAUCAGCAAAAACAAGAGGAAAGAGAACAAAAUCGUAUAGAAAGAAAAGAAUUAGAAAGAAGAGAGAUGGAAAAAAAAGAGAAAGAAAGAAGAGAAAAAGAAAAAGAAAGAGAAAGAGAAAAAGAAAUAGAAAGAGAAAAAGAAAGAGAAAGAGAAAAAGAAAGAGAAAGAGAAAAAGAAAGAGAAAGAGAAAGAGAAAGAGAAAAAGAAAGAGAAAGAGAAAGAGAAAGAGAAAAAGAAAGAGAAAGAGAAAGAGAAAAAGAAAGAGAAAGAGAAAGAGAAAAAGAAAGAGAAAGAGAAAGAGAGAAAAGAGAAAUAAAAAGAAAAAUAAGUGAAAUAAUAGAAAAAAAAAAAGAAAAAAACUUUAAUGAAAGCAUUAAAGCUUUUAAAAAUAAUAAAAACAUGAAUAACAACCUUAACAUAACAACAGAUGAAGAUAAUAAGAAUUUGGAUAAAUCCCGUAAAAAUAAUUUAAAUUUGAGUUGUAAUAAAACGAGUGAUACAUCAACUAAUAAAAUAAAACAUUUACUAGAAGAAAAAGAGGAAAAUAUUUCUAAUAAUAAUUUGAGGAUUAUAGAAAAUCAUGAUUAUGAUAGAAAUAAAAGAGAAAAAGUAGAUGAAGCCAUAUCCAAUGAUGAAAAUAAUAAUAAUUUUACAAUGAAUAAUGACUUAAUAUAUGAAGAACGAAAGCAAAAAAUAUUAUUAAUUCACGUUUUAAAGAAUAUAAAAGAUCUUUUAGAUAGACAAAGAGAAAACUUUUACAAUUUUUUAUCAUUUUUAAGUGAAAAUUAUGCAAGUUAUGAAAAUUUGUAUUCAAAUAAGAAAAAUGUGAAUUAUAUUGACAAAUUACUUAACAAAAGAAGACGAAGAAAAAAAAAAAGAAAUUUUACAGCAUCAUCUUUUUUAAGCAUAAAGGAUUCGUUGCAUCAUCUAGAAAGUAUAAAUAAUACUUUUAUAAAAAAUAAUAAUGAAGAAAAUAAUUCAAAUACAAAACCUGAAAACAUAAAUAUAAAAUAUGAAGAAGAAAAAAAAGAAAAUGGUGAUAAUAAAAAAGAAUCUGAAAAUAUCAAUCAAUUAAAAAAUACAUUAGAUAAAAUGAUAGAGUCGAAUGACAUUAGCGAUAAACAAAAAGAUUAUAUAUUAUUAAUAAAAAAUAUAUUAGAUAUAGAAGAUAAUAUAUUAAAUAAAGAAAAAAUACAAUAUAAUAUAAAUCAACAGAUUAUUUCUAUAUUAAAUGAGAAAUCAAAUAACCUAAAAGAUAUUGCUCUAAAAUUAAGUAAUGAAAAUAAAGAACUUCAAAAUUCACAACGCGUUGAUUUAGCUCAAAACAUUGUUUCAAAUUUAUUAAACAUUUCAGUUGAAUUAAAAAAUACAGGUAAUAUUGUUUAUAAUAAUAUUCAAGGUCAAGGUGAACUUCUUCAAAAUAUAGAAAAAAGUAUAAAUGAAACACAAAGAGAUCUUCAAAAUACCCAUGUUUUCACAUCAAAAAAUAAUACAAGUAGAUCUAAUAGUAAUGAAAAUGAAAAUAAAGUAAAGGAAUUAAAAAAAAUAAACGAAAUGAAAGAAUAUCAAAAUAAUUGUAAUAAUAAAAAUAAAAACAACAACAUAAAUGAUAAUUUUAAUUCAUUAAGUUUACAAAAUUAUAAUUCUUCAGAAAGUCUCAUUCAAACUAAAAACUAUUAUAAAAAAUUUAAAGUUGAUGAAUCAAUGAAAAAAUAUUUUUUUAACAGAUUUAUUAAAGAAGCAGUAAUGUUAAAAAAAUUAUAUAGAAUGCUGUAUGAUAUUUUUUAG